AUCUAACAAACACAUGAUUUCCUGAGCUCUGGGGGUUUGUAAACGUCACGGUCCUUCAGCUCAGAGCAGCCGGGGACAUGAGCGGCUCAUUCGCGUCUCUGCGGCGCUGUUUUCAGCCCUGUUGAGGGGACCGCGGCCUAGCUGCGGCGCGCAGCCUCGGGCUUUCCUCGGCCGCUCAUGCCGGCCGGCGGAGGGCUCGCUCGGCGGGGCGGAUCCGGGCUCCUGGAAAGAUUGGGGACUGGGAAGCAGAGGAGGGAAAGUGAACGGAGAGGGGGUCGUUAUCCUGCCUUCAUGGUGUCAGUGACAUCCUGUGACAAGCAAACGUGUUGACAAAAGGACCAACUAUGGCUUUUGAGGAGAUCAAGAGUAAAGGAGGAAUGGAUGUGGGGAUGGAGGGAGACAGGGGCCUUGUUGCCGGUCGCAGCCAGAGAGAGAAGAGGAGGUCAUACAAGGAUCUGCUGAGGGAGGAGGAGGAGAUUGCUGCUCAGGUCCGAAAGUCUUCCAAGAAACGACCCAAGGAUUCAGAACUUUUCAUGCUGGGAGGGGACUCGCAUAAAAAGAAGAAGAAACAUAGCGAUGAGUACUAUUACAGAGACCACGAUGGUUCCGGCCCACCUCCUCACAAGAAAAAGCACAAGUCUGCAGACCGUUCUCCGACCCUGUCUUCCCCGUCAUCCUCCCACCCGACAGACACAGCGAUGGGCCUCCUUCAGGCCAUCACCUCUCCCUUGGCGACAGGUUCGGACCCCAGCCCCCAUUUACACAAGAAACCCUCCUAUCCCGCCCUCUCCUCACAUUCCUCCAAGGACCGCAAACGUGAGGGCAGCAGUGGUAGUGGAAGCAAAGGAAGCCACUCCCUCUCUCACUCGCGCCCUGUGUCUUCCUCGUCCUCUUCUUCCAAGAAGCACUCCUCCUCUUCUUCAAAGUCGUCUCUGUUCCACGGUGGAGCUCCCAAAGAGGAGCCGCUGACGUUGCGGGAGGCAGACGGGCUGAAGAUGAAGCUCAUCAUGUCGCCAGAGAAGGAGGAAGGGGAGAGCUUCCCGUUCACACCCCACUCGUCCAAAGGAGGCGUGAAGAAGGAGAAGGAGAGAGACAGGACGCAGCUCUCAAAGUCGUCCAAGAAGAAGCUGCAGCAGAGUCGAGAUCCACUGCCUGUGGUGGGAAAAGAGGUGGAGGUGGAAGGUCAUUAUGGAGGUGGCAUGGGAGAUGACAGUUCUUCAUCUGGGGGUGAGCUGGAGGCAGGAGAGUUGGUUAUAGAUGACACAUACACACAUCUGUCAAAAAAGAAGAAGAAGAGCAAGAAAAGCAAGAAGAAAAAAGACAAGGAGAAGGACAGAGAUAAGGAUAAAAGCGGGAAAGACAAGAAGCACAGCAAGGGAUUUGGAGACUCCUCAAAGGGCCACGCCCACAGCCACUCCCAUCCCACUGUCACUCACAGUGCUGUCGGUCCAAUGUACGCUAUGGGCGCACCCGUCCCUCCGCACCACCAUCAGGGCAGUGACGGAAUAACAGAAAAGAAGAAGAAGAAAGAGGAGAAAGAUAGAGAAAAGCAUGAGAAAGAUAAAGAGAAGCCCAAGAAGAAGAACACAACAGCCUAUCAGGUGUUUUGUAAAGAGUACCGGGUCAACAUCAACGCCGAGCAGCCAGGACUAGUCUUUGGCGAGCUGAGCAAGAAGUUGGCAGAGGUGUGGAAGGCGAUGCCCGAGAAAGACAAACUCGUCUGGAGGCAGAAAGCUCAGUAUCUGCAGCACAAACAGAACAAAGCUGAGGCCACAACGAUCAAACACAAGAGCUCCACCGAGAGCAAAAGCAAAGGUAUUUUUAACCCGGCGCUCUCGACUCUUUGUCCUUUCACCGCUGCAUCUCGUUACAGACGUCUUUCAUCUGUUGUUCCUUUGAUAAAAGUUGUAGCACCAGGAACCGGGAUGGUGUCUCCAAGCAGAGCCCCCGGCACCUUGUCCCUGUCCCCUGCGCGAAUCCCAGAUGUUGAUCCCAUCGAUGCAGCAGCUCACCUGCAGCUACUAGGGGAGUCCCUGUCCCUGAUCGGGCAUCGACUACAGGAAACAGAAGGGAUGGUGGCCGUGUCCGGGAGUCUGUCUGUACUUCUGGACUCCAUCUUGUGUGCGCUGGGGCCGCUGACCUGUCUCACAGCACAGAUACCGCAGUUAAACGGCUGUCCUCGAAACGUCCUGUCGAACACGUUGGACAACAUCGCCUACAUCAUGCCGGGACUGUGAGUGAAGGAUGACAAUCAGCGUGGAGCGAUUGGUCAGCCAGAGCCAGCAGUCGUGACAGGAUUGGUUCCUGUUACAGGACUGACCCUCGGACUUUAAUUUAAAGCCGCUGCCCGGCAUCUGAAAACUUGGAUAUUUCUAGUGUCAUAUUUUUUAAAGUGUAUUUUUAAAAAAAAAAAGGAACAUCAUUCUUUUAAUUUUGUAAUUGUCAUAUUUUUUUAAAUGAAGCAUUUUACUGGACAUCUUAAUCCUUCCUGGCGUAUCGUCUUAGUUCCGCAGUUACUGUACAGUUGUAUGAAUGUGUGUGUGACGUAUGCAAGGUGCUGAAUGUGUGUAGCUGUAAAGUGGGUGUGACGGAUGAGUUUUCUUGUAGCUGUUUUUUUUUUUUUACUGAAAUGUACAGGAACAUUGUAGUUGAUCUUUUGCUCAUCAUCAACAGACAUAAUAUAUUUAACACCUGAUUAUUUUUUCUUUUACCAUGUAAAAAAGUACUGUUAUGCCUUAUUUGCUUGUUUUAUAGAUUUGAUAUUUUACUGUUCUUACAGUGUUUAGGUUUUGUCUGUACUGUAGAGUUUCAGAAAUGAUAGAAAACACCUUGUUCUAAAAAGAGCUGCUCGAGCAGCUCACUGUCAGAGCUUCAGACCCACAACAGUGGCCACAUUAAAUCAUGAUCUGAUCAGA